AUGAAGACUUGCUCUGUAGUUUUUUUGGCUACCUGCACGGCAACAGCCGUCACUUGGGUCUCUGUGGACAGCAAAGUUGUCCUGUGCGAGGACGAAACACGGCUCCAGGUCGCGAACGACAGCUAUGACUUACCGGGUAAAGUGUACGGUGCAGUCGAGAAUGACGGGACGCAAUCUCAAGUGCCCGAGUCGAACUUCACCAUUGCAGAUGAAGACGUGACGCAGGAUGACCACUUGGUUUCGAACUCCACUGCUGGCAACUAUGUUCCUGUUCUUCGAUGCAGUGACAGCAAAGACGAGCAGGACGAGAGUACUGGAUCAGCUUGGACGUUCCGGACGUUGCCCACGGCGUCGUCUUCACCUCCUUUCUCAAUGGUGACGCGGUUGGGAGUGCGCGUCCAGGGCGACAAACCGGAAUGGAACGCAGAGCACCAACGCUUCGUGUCGUCCUAUUACAAAACCUUUGACGAGAAAUACCGAGCCGUGCUCGAUACGGUCAACAUGGCGUCUGUCGAAGGGGCACUCAAGUACGUGCAAGCCGAAUGCAUCAACGCGUCGGUCGUGGACAGCUGCAAGCGCAAGAACGACAUCAAGUACGUCGUUUUCUACCAAACAAACGUGGUGCAGCCUUCCGCUGCCAUGAAGUACUACGUCAAAGCCAUUGAUGAGCACAAAUUUGCCAUCGAGAGCUGUCCAUUCGUGCCACUGGAUGGCGGUCGAUGCAAUCUGAACGCUGACGGCUCAUUCCCUAAAGAAUGUAACCAGUACAUUGGAGCUGCUGGUGAGCCAAAGCUUGGCUUUUGCGUGGGAGGCACACUGCAGGACAACGAGGCCAUUGCGCCGUAUCCGCACAACUACUGGUUCUCCUUCCCCAAUAGCUGCCCACUGGAACUCUGGGAUCACAAGACUGAUGCUUGUCGUAAGGAAUUUGCAGGUGGCUUGUGCCCUCACGGCGUUGAACCGGAUGGCGAGACUUGCACCUUUUCGUACGACAUCCUGGGCUACAUUUUGCUGGAUGACGUCGUAGGUAUCACGUCCAUGGUCAACCCAAACACGGGCGACAAGUACGCCAACUACCGCGAGUUCUGCGAGGCUGGUGGCAUUGAAUUUAGCGCCACAAUCUCGACGUCCUUAGCAGGUGGCCACUCGCGCAGCGUCGUCGAUAUGACGGAAGGACUUGAGUUCUGGGCCAAUCCUGGCGACCGUGACGCCAAUCGUGCGCGUGUGGAGAAGCUCGUGUCUGCAUACAAUGAGCUUGCAUCAAAAAAGGCUAAAACAAGUGACGGCGGCGUCAUGCGUCCGCUGCCAACGGUUUCGGAGCUUAGGGCUCAGAAUCCGCCGUGUUUUGAAAACAGUUUGGUCUGCGCUAAGUCGAAGUUUGGAUGCAAGCGGUCGUACCGUUCCCAGAUUUGUCAACGCUGUACAUCGGACGAUUCAGACUGUGAACGGAGUGGGGACAGCGCUCCAUAG